UGAUCGAGAUCGUACGUGAGCGGCCUCCGUCUGUGGAGCGCCCGUCGCUCUGUCCUCGGCUGAGCCGGAGAGGGUAGGGAAGGACGAGCAAGGGCGGAUCUUGGAGCUGCUCCUCCUGCUGUCCUCGCAGGGCUACUGUAUGGCCGUCUGGUGCGCGCUGGCAGGGCUAGCUCUGCUGCUGGCCGCCUUGUGGCCGUACAUGCUGACGCACACACCGCCGUCAGCCUGCUCGUGCUGGCCUGUCUCUGCAUGCUCGGUCACUGGCUCGACUGAUGCUGAUCAGGCUGUCGACAAAUUUCCUUUCGCUCAGCCGCACGCGAGUCAGCGCUUCAGCCAGCCAGCCAGCUCCUCGAGAGGAUGGCAGAUGUCGAGCACAUCUCCAUCCUGGGCGCCGACAGCAUCAGGAUCGGCUUCCACCUGGCAGACUACAUCGCCAAGACGGUGACGGAGGGGCUGCCGUCGAGCAACUAUGUCCUCAUCACCGACACAUCGCUCGCUCCUCUCUACCUCGGGCCACUCAAGCGCGCGUUCGUCGAGCAGUCACCAAGCGGCUCCCAAAUCAACGGCACACGCUCUCCAGAGCCAGUCCACCACCCGGGGGCAUCCACAGUCUGCGCAUUGGGCACCGACAAGCGCUUCUUGACCUAUGUCAUCCCUCCCGGCGAAGUCUCCAAGUCUCGUCAGACAAAGGCAGACAUCGAAGACUUCUUGCUCUCACAGAGAUGCACUCGGGACACCGUCAUUCUUGCGCUCGGCGGCGGUGUCGUGGGCGAUCUCGUCGGCUUCGUUGCAGCGACGUUCAUGCGCGGCUUGCGAUUCUGCCAGAUCCCGACUUCCCUGCUUGCAAUGGUCGACUCUUCUGUCGGAGGCAAGACUGCCAUCGACACACCGCUCGGAAAGAACCUGGUCGGUGCUUUCCACCAGCCGAGCUACAUUUUCAUUGAUCUCGCUUACCUCGAGACCCUGCCGACCCGUGAGUUUGCCAACGGCAUGGCAGAGGUCGUCAAGACGGCCGCCAUCUGGUCUGCAGACGAAUUCGAGUCACUCGAGAGCGGUGUCGAACAGGUCAUCGCGGCUGCUCAAUCAUCCUCACAAGCUAGUCAGCGAGGCCGAACAGCAUCAACGCGUUCGAUACAGCAGCAGAGAUUGCUCUCCAUCGUCAAAGGCUCGAUCGCAGUCAAGUCGCACAUCGUCACCGUCGACGAGAAGGAGACGGGUCUCCGCAACCUCGUCAAUUUUGGCCAUACGAUCGGCCAUGCUAUCGAGGCCGUCAUGACGCCAGAUAUCCUGCACGGCGAAUGUGUCUCCGUCGGCAUGAUCCUAGAGGCAGAAGUGGCCCGAGCGCUCGGCCAUCUGGGCAACGCCGACAUCGGACGCCUGAAACGAUGCCUCGCAGCAUACGGUCUCCCUACGACGCUCUCAGAUGCUCUGAUCGUGGGGUGCGCGAAAAGCGCGGACUUGAACACAGCGCGGCUGCUAGACGUCAUGUCCGUCGACAAGAAGAAUGCUGGCAAAGGCAAGAAAGUCGUCUUGCUAACUACACUCGGUCGAUGCCUCGAAGAGCGGGCAACGGUCGUAUCAGACUCGGUCAUCUCGCGCGUUCUGGCUUCCUCUGUACUUGUAUCGCCACUGGCCCUCGAACGAUGUAAACAGCAUGUCACGCUGACGACGCCGGGCAGCAAGUCCAUUUCGAACAGAGCCCUACUGUUAGCAGGACUAGCAGAGGGCACUUGCGAGAUCAAGAAUCUGUUGCAUUCUGAUGAUACCCAGGUCAUGAUGACCGCACUUGUGCAGCUCGGGGGCGCAUCCUUCACCUGGCGAGACGGUGGAGAGACACUCGUUGUGACCGGUAACGGAGGCAGCUUACAUCCGCCCGCAGAUGGCAAGGAGAUCUAUUUGGGCAAUGCGGGCACGGCAGCCCGCUUUGUCACCACCGUCUGCACGCUUGCUCAAGGCAAUCUUCGAAGCACGAUUACCGGCAAUACGAGAAUGAAGCAGCGCCCAAUUGGUCCCCUCGUCGAAGCUCUGCGCAGCAAUGGCAGUGACAUUACCUACCAAGAGAGCGAAGGCUGCUUGCCGUUGCAGAUUGGUACAAACGGGCUACGAGGCGGUCAUAUUGCACUGUCAGCCUCGAUCUCAUCGCAGUACGUCUCAUCGAUCUUGCUCUCCGCUCCCUAUGCAGCACAGCCGGUCACGCUCGAACUCAUAGGCGGCACGGUCAUCUCGCAGCCUUACAUCGACAUGACAAUCGCAAUGAUGAGCGACUUCGGCAUCGUUGUGGAGCGACUCCUCGAUUCUGUCACGCGUAUGCCGACCAACACGUAUCGCAUUCCUCAAGGCCGUUACACAGCGCCCGUCAGCUACGUCGUCGAAAGCGACGCGUCCAGUGCGACCUAUCCGCUAGCCGUUGCGGCUAUCACCGGAACGACGUGUACGGUGCAGGGCAUUGGCGCCACGUCCCUUCAAGGCGAUGCUCGAUUCGCACGUGAUGUUCUCGAACCAAUGGGCUGCAAUGUGAAACAGACGGAUCAGUCUACGACCGUUACUGGCCCGCCGCCCGGAAGAUUGCGAGCUCUGCCACAGAUUGACAUGGAGCCCAUGACCGACGCUUUCCUCACGGCGGCCGUGCUCGCUGCCGUUGCAGUCCUGCCGUCUGAUCGUGGGCAAGUAGAGUCUGGUCAGCCCAAUAACAGCACACGCAUACACGGUAUCGCGAAUCAACGCGUAAAGGAAUGCGAUCGUAUUGCAGCCAUGCGAGAGCAACUCGCUAAAUUCGGCGUCGAAUGUCAAGAGCUCUCCGACGGCAUCGAGGUCUUUGGCGUAAGUCUAAGUGAACUCAAGGCAGGUGCCAGAGUGCAUUGCUACGAUGACCAUCGAGUUGCUAUGGCAUUCAGCGUGUUGGCGAGCUUGCCUGGCGGUCGUGGAGCCAUCAUUGACGAGAGACGGUGUGUCGAGAAGACAUGGCCAGGUUGGUGGGACGAUUUGACAAGCAAGCUUGGAGUGCAAGUCUCGGGCUACGAAUGCGCACCCGUCCAGUCAAGCUCAUUUGGACCAACUCACCCGCCCGAUGCGACGAUUCUGCUCACUGGGAUGCGCGGCGCUGGCAAGUCUCGACUCGGACGGCUGGCAGCGCUGAUGCUCUCUCGCAAAUUCAUCGAUGCCGACCAUUUCUUCGAGGCUAAACGCGCGACGACUGUCAAGACAUUCGUCGCAGAGCAUGGCUGGGACUCAUUUCGCACAGCAGAGUUGCAAGACUUGCAAGAGCUCUGUGAGUCGCAUGCCAUGGGCCACGUCAUUGCGCUCGGUGGCGGCAUUGUCGAGACAGCGGAAGGCAGACGAGCUUUGAGAACAUACGCUGCUUCAAAAGGCCCGGUUGUGCAAGUCUCGCGCGGUAUUGAUGAGAUUAGCGCGUAUUUAGCUGCAGAUCCGACUCGUCCGGCAUAUGGCGAGUCCGUCGAGGCAGUAUUCGCCCGACGCUCGCCAUGGUACAAUGAGUGCUCGUCUUGGGAUUACUUCAGCUCGCCAUCAAUCACGCUCAGGAGCAAGCCCAACGAUGUCACAAUUCAAUCGAGCGAUCCAGAGAUCGAGCGCUUCUUCAAUUUUGUGACUGGCAAUGACAGCAACCAUGUUCAUCUCAAAGACCGGCGGUCGUACUUUCUGUCGCUCACUUUUCCCGAUGUCACGCCCGCUCUCGCUGUCAUUGACACUCUGACUGUCGGCGUUGACGCGAUCGAGCUUCGCGUUGACUUGCUGACUGGCUCUCAAGCGCCCUCGAAGCCUUUCGUGCCAUCGACCAAAUACGUUUCGCUCCAAUUAGCGCAAUUGCGACGACAUACAAGCUUGCCUAUCAUCUUCACUGUGCGAACAGUAUCGCAAGGUGGCUUCUUUCCGGACGACGCGCAAGAAGCGUACUUCGAUCUGCUCACGUUAGCUGUCCGCCAAGCAUGCGAGUACGUCGAUCUCGAGAUGCAAUGGCCCACAGGAGCGCUUUCGAAAUUCGUCCGAGCCAAGCAGUCGUCAUUGAUACUGGCCUCGUUCCAUGACUGGUCUGGCGUGCACAAAUGGAAGUCGACUGCCAUUGACGCAGCGUAUGCACGUGCAUCGCUAUAUGGCGACGUAGUCAAAAUCGUGCUUAAAGCACAGUCGAUGACAGAUAACUCCGAGAUGCUCAGCUUUAGAGCGGCUCACGCGAGUGGCAAGCCAUUGCUCACCGUCAACAUGGGCACAGUUGGUCAACUUUCGCGCAUCUUGAAUCCAGUCCUGAGCCCGGUGACACACCCGGCGUUACCUGCUGCAGCCGCGCCUGGUCAACUUGCAGUAUACCAGAUCCAGCAGGCGUUGUCACUGAUUGGUCAAAUUUCUGUCAAGCGCUUUGCGCUGCUCGGUCAGCCUAUCUCUGCGAGUAAAUCGCCACUGCUGCAUAACACUGGCUUCGCUGCUCUCGGAUUGCCCCACACGUACGGACUACUCGAGACUGCAGAAGUGGAUGAGUCUGUCAGAGACUUUGUGCGCUCGUCAGACUUCGGCGGGGCAUCGGUGACAAUUCCGCACAAGACAGCUAUCAUCGCGCUUUGCGACGAAGUCUCAGAGGCAGUGCGCAUCAUUGGCGCCUGCAACACGCUCGUGCCCGUCCAGAGAGGCAGCCAGAUUAUCCUUCGUGGCGAGAAUACAGACUUCCGCGGAAUUGUGAGCAUAAUCGCAGCUGAGCAGCUGGCCAUCACUGCGGAUUCACAUGCUUUGGUCAUCGGGGCAGGGGGUACGGCAAGAGCGGCUGUCUACGCGCUUCACCAGGCUGGCUUCGCUCGGAUCUUGCUCUAUAACCGCACAAUCGCAAACGCGCAAGUCGUCGCUCGCUCGCUUGCCCCUGCUAUCAAGGUAGAUAUCAUCGAUUCCUUACAAUCUGCUGGGCAGCCUCAGGCGAUCGUGUCGACUGUACCGGGCUCCAGCUCGAUAGAAAUCAGCAGCUCGCUCUUUCGCCCCGGUGGUGGAAUCGCGAUCGACAUGGCAUACACGCCACGGGAAACUGCAUUGCUUAAAGCUGCACAGACAUUCCCAGAUUGGCGAGCUGUGCCAGGCAUCGAGGUCUUGCUGGCCCAAGGCUACGAGCAGUUCCGUCUCUGGACUGGAUUUACUGCCCCAGCCUGCUUGAUAGCGCCUACUGUAUUGUCAGCAUAUGACGCGUAGUAGGUCUACAUGCUAGUUCUUCGUCAAUGUAGGUCCACUUGCAGCUUUGUCGCGAUGUGAGUC